ACAAUCUGGAAUACGGAGCACUAUUUUAUAUUCCCUACAUUUUACGCACCAUAUGGGUUUAAUCUCUACACCGCUAUUUCCGAGAAAACAGUUCUUCUUACACCCAGUCUCUCCUUGUGUCAUGUUCCGGACCUUCUUCGCGCUACUGCUAACAGCAGCAUUAUCCUGUUCUACCGCAGCACUUCCUGCCGAAUUUUCUCCCCAACCUGCAUAUCCUUUGGCUCACAACAGUUCUCUAGUCGCCCAUGACCCGAACAUCAUCCAACAUAGGGGUUUCUAUUACCUCUUCAAGGGAGGUAUUGGCGUACCAUUUUCCAAGUCAAACACCCUCGACGGCCCGUGGGAAGACAUGGGACCCGUCUUAACGGGACCCAGCAUAAUCCCCAAGCAAAACCGAACAAGACCUUGGGCCCCAGCCAUCAUUGCAAAAGACAACACUUUCUACUGCUUCUACACAGUCAGUCAUCGUGGCAGCAACGACAGUGCCAUUGGAAUAGCUACGUCUAAGGAGCUCAGAUCCGGCGCCUGGAAAGACCACGGGGCAAUCAUUCAAACUGGCACGGGUCCUGGCUCGCAAAAGUACCCUUUUAAAGAGGCCAAUGCUAUCGAUCCGCAUGUAUUCAUUGAUCCAAAAGAUGAGCAGGCGUACCUGAUCUUUGGCAGCUUCUUUUCGGGCAUGUGGCAGAUCCCUCUGAGCAGUGACAUCCUCUCCCUCAAAGAUCCAGAACAUAUCGACGCGACACGUCUCGCUACCAAGCCUGAAGAUGUAAAACCUAAUGAUGAAGAGGGCGGGUUCAUGACCUAUAGAGAUGGAUGGUACUAUUUUUGGUUCAGUCAUGGCAAAUGCUGUCACUUUGACCCAAAACAUCUUCCCGAAGAUGGAAAGGAAUACUCCAUCCGAGUAGGUCGCUCGAAGAACGCACGAGGCCCAUUCACAGACAAGAACGGUAAGCCAUUAACAUCCGGGGGCGGACACGUUGUAUAUGGCUCGAACCACAACAAAAAAGUAUACGCACCUGGCGGGUUGGGAGUGCUAUCAGACCGUUCACAAGAUAUUCUGUAUUACCAUUUCCUCAAUACCAGCGUCGGUCUCCGCCAUACGGACGCUUAUAUGGGAUGGAGCUACCUGGAAUAUAUCAAUGGCUGGCCGGUUGCAAAAUACGAGCCGGUUAAUAGUAGAGCAUAG